ACGCCUAUGCAAAACAACUAACUCACAUUUGAACAAUGCAAAACACACUAAUGAAGAAUCCAAUUAUGAAAGAAUGAACAUUAAGAUAUCAAAUAAUAUAGAACCUGGAUAUGUAAUACCAAAUGAAGAUUUGUUUAGUAAAGAGUCCAAUGGCAAAGCAUUUAAUAGAGAAGUAUUUGAUGAUGAUAAAGAAUUUGAUGAUGAAGAAUUUGAUGAUAAAGAAUUUGAUGAUGAAGUAUUUGACGAUGAAGCAUUUGGCAGUGAAAAAUUUGACAGUAAAGCAUUUGACAAUAAAGAAUUUGACAGUGAAGUAUUUGAUGAAAUGUCAAUAGAUUCUACAACAGAAACGCUGAGUGAAGAAUCUGAUAAAAUUAUUGACGAAGCAUUAAAUAUUGAAGAAAUGCUAUCUAUUAAUGGAGAAUUUUCCUCAUAUUUUAAAAAUCUUACUGAAGU